CAGCCAGCAGAGGAGAAAUGUAAACCCUUCGUUUUGUUGCAUCGGGGGGGUUGAAAACUGAACGCUCCCCUCUUGUUUUUUUCCUUCCUUCAAUGACAGCAGCAGGAGCCAGCCGGGCGGUGCGGUGCGGUGGGAAGCUUCCCCCCGGUACGAGAAGGAUUUCCCUGCAAGUCUGCGAUGCAGUGAGGGAUAGAAGAUGAAAAUACACAAAAAGGACAAGCAGCAGAUGUUCACUGGUCUCCUGAAGCACACGGCACCUCCGGCCUCCGCUGCAGCAGCCUCCUCCUCUGCCUCGGACCAAAACAGCAACGCACAAACCACAGUUCCUACAAUCCCACGGGGACACCUGGUCGUGGGCCCCAAGGACCAGCUCCGCCUCCUCACCCCCGUGGGCAGCACGGCGACCUCCAAUCACUGCACGGCCGCUGGUGCCCACGGCACUAAGCGCUCCGUAGGAGCCCCGCGACCUCCCUCCUCCCUGAGCGAGGAGGAUGAUGGAGGAGGUGGAGGCAGGGUGAAGAAGAAACGAAAGAAAAAGGACAAGAGAGAAUGGGAGAAAGGAGGAGGGGAGGUGGAGGAAAGGGAAAGCAGCAAACCAAAGAAACGAAAGGAUGAGAAAGAGGCUACAGUGGUCAUGCUGAGGAAGAGCAAGGAGCCCAAGGAAAGCAAAGAGCGCAAGGAGCGCAGGACCAAGGGGAAGGAGGGCAGGAGAGAGAGCGGGGCAGACCUGAAGAAUGUGGCAGGGGGGAAAACGCCAGGCGCCGCGGUGGCCGCUGGACCAGCGCAGGUGCCUGUUAAGGUGCCUGGCAAAAGAGGAAGGAAACCGAAGGUCAAAGUCCUACCUCCUGUACCCAUGAAUCAAGCAGCACCUCCUCCUACCCCAGCACUCCACGCUAAGGUCCCGGGGCAGGUCCAACGCACCCAGGCCAAGAACCACGGCCAGGCCAACAGCAAGACCCCAGUCCCCUCAGCGCCAAAACAGAGGGGCCGCAAACCAAGAGAUCCUGGCGCAGCGCCAGUGGAGAAGAAAAAGAAGGGGAAGAGGAGAAACCAGGAGCUGGCUGUCCAGGAGGGGGCGGAGAGUGACGACACUACCUCAAUGUCAGCCCUCAACAUGGGUGGAGAGGACAGCCAAGACCCCCUGGACAAUGCGAAGCGGCGUUCAGGACGACAGGUCAAGAGGAGGAAGUAUAAUGAGGAUUUGGACUUUAAGGUGGUGGAUGAUGAUGGAGAGACUAUUGCAGUUCUUGGAGCCGGUCGCAUCUCGGCGCUCAACGCCACUGCUCUGGCAUGGCAGGCCGAGGAACCACCUGAGGAUGAGGCCAACAUCAUUGAGAAAAUUCUUUCUGUCAGAACAGCGAAGAAAGAGACUUCUUCCUCAGAGGACCAAGUGGAGGAGAUGGAGGAGUUUUACGUCAAGUACAGAAAUUUUUCCUACCUACACUGCAAGUGGGCCACUCUGGAGGAGCUAGAGAAAGAUCCCAGAAUCCACCAGAAGAUUAAACGCUUCAGGACCAAACAGGCCCAGAUGAAACACCUCUUUGCCGAGCCUGACGAGGACUUAUUCAACCCAGACUAUGUAGAGGUGGACAGAGUGCUGGAGGUGGCUGUUACCACAGAUACAGAGACCGGAGAGGAGGUGACCCAUUACCUCGUUAAGUGGUGCAGUCUCUCGUACGAGGAGGCGACGUGGGAGCUGCAGGAGGACUUGGACCCGGAGAAGAUCAAAGAGUUCGAGGAGAUCCAGAAACUGCCGGCAGACCUCAGACACAUGGAACGUCCAUCUCCAGAGAAAUGGCAGAAGUUGGAACACUCCAGAGAUUACCGGAAUGGAAACCAGCUCAGAGAAUACCAGUUAGAGGGAAUGAACUGGCUACUGUUCAACUGGUACAACAGAAAAAACUGUAUACUGGCAGAUGAAAUGGGUUUGGGAAAGACCAUCCAGUCCAUCACCUUUCUGUACGAGAUCUUCAACAUGGGGAUCCGCGGCCCCUUCCUCAUCAUAGCCCCCCUGUCCACCAUCACCAACUGGGAGAGGGAGUUUCGCACGUGGACGCACAUGAACGUCAUCGUGUAUCACGGCUCCCAGAUCAGCCGGCAGAUGAUCCUGCAGUACGAGAUGUUUCACAGAGACCCACAGGGUAACACUAUCCCCGGCGUGCUGAAGUUCCACGGGUUGAUCACCACCUUUGAGAUGAUCAUGGCCGACUGUCCGGAGCUGAAGAAGCUGCACUGGCGCUGCGUGGUGAUCGACGAAGCCCACAGACUAAAGAACAGGAACUGCAAACUGCUGGAGGGACUCAAACUCAUGAACUUGGAGCACAAGGUUCUGCUGACAGGAACCCCGCUGCAGAACUCCGUGGAAGAGUUGUUCAGCCUGUUGAACUUCCUGGAACCGCUGCAGUUUCCUUCAGAAAGCAGCUUCCUGGAGGAGUUUGGAGACCUCAAAACGGAUGAACAGGUGAAGAAGCUUCAGGCCAUUUUGAAGCCCAUGAUGUUAAGGAGACUGAAAGACGACGUAGAAAAAAACCUGGCUCCUAAAGAAGAGACCAUCAUAGAGGUGGAGCUGACCAACAUCCAAAAGAAAUACUACCGAGCCAUCUUGGAGAAGAACUUCUCCUUUCUGUCCAAAGGAGCAAACCAACACAAUAUGCCCAACCUCAUCAACACCAUGAUGGAGCUCCGCAAGUGCUGCAACCACCCCUACCUUAUCACAGGAGCUGAGGAGAAGAUUCUGGAAAGCUUCAAGAAGAGCCACAGUCCGGAUGCACCGGACUUCCAGCUGCAGGCCAUGAUCCAGGCAGCCGGUAAACUGGUGCUGAUUGACAAGCUGCUGCCCAAACUGCUGGCCGGGGGACACAAAGUCCUGGUCUUCUCCCAGAUGGUCCGCUGUCUGGACAUCCUUGAGGACUACCUCAUCCAGAGACGCUACACAUACGAACGCAUUGACGGCCGUGUGCGAGGGAACCUGCGGCAGGCGGCCAUAGACAGGUUCUGUAAGCCGGACUCGGACCGCUUCGUUUUCCUGCUGUGCACCAGAGCUGGAGGGCUGGGAAUCAACCUGACGGCCGCUGACACCUGCAUCAUCUUCGACUCAGACUGGAACCCCCAGAACGACCUGCAGGCCCAGGCACGCUGCCACCGGAUUGGCCAGAGCAAAGCGGUCAAAGUUUACAGACUGAUCACCAGGAACUCGUACGAGAGGGAAAUGUUUGACAAGGCCAGUCUGAAGCUCGGACUGGACAAAGCCGUCCUCCAAGACAUCAACCGUAAAGGAAGCCUCAACGGGGUGCAGCAGCUUUCUAAGCUAGAGGUGGAGGAUUUGUUGAAAAAAGGAGCAUACGGAGCCCUGAUGGAUGAAGAAGAUGAGGGCUCUAAAUUCUGCGAGGAAGACAUCGAUCAGAUACUUCAGAGGCGAACUCAGACCAUCACCAUCCAGUCUGAGGGGAAGGGGUCCACGUUUGCUAAGGCCAGUUUCAUCUCAUCUGGUAACAGAACAGACAUUUCUCUGGAUGACCCCAACUUCUGGCAGAAAUGGGCCAAGAUUGCUGAAGUGGAGAUCGACUCCAAAUCUGAGAAGGAGUCCUUGGUGAUCGACACGCCGCGGGUGAGGAAACAGACCCGUCACUACAACUCCUUCGAGGACGACGAGCUGAUGGAGUUCUCGGAGCUGGACAGCGAUUCGGAGGAGCGGCCGUGUCGGACUCGUCGCCUGGGAGACCGCAGCCGGCGCUACCUCCGUGCCGAGUGCUUCCGGGUUGAAAAGAAUCUGCUCAUCUUCGGCUGGGGUCGGUGGAAGGACAUCCUAAACCACGGCCGGUUUAAAUGGCACCUGGCGGAGAGAGAUAUGGAGGUGAUCUGUAGGGCUCUGCUGGUUUACUGCCUGAGACACUACAAAGGUGAUGACAAGAUCAAGAGCUUCAUCUGGGAUCUGAUCACACCCACCAAGGAAGGCCAGGACCAGGCGCUGCUCAAUCACUCUGGUUUAUCAGCUCCAGUACCUCGGGGUCGGAAGGGGAAGAAGCUGAAGAAUCAGUUAAAUGUUCCUGAAGUGAAGAACGCUGACUGGCUGGUCCACUGUAACCCAGAGGUGGUUCUGCAGGAUGAGAGCUACAAGAAACACCUCAAACAGCACUGCAACAAGGUGCUACUGAGGGUGAGGAUGUUGUACUACCUGAAGGUGGAGGUGCUGGGUGAAGCCGCCAGUCAGGCUCUCGAGGGGAUACUUGCCAGUAAACUUGAGGUGUCACUACCUGACAUCGACUACAUAGAGAUUCCUGCUACAUGGUGGGAUGCAGAAGCUGACAAGUCUCUCCUCAUAGGAGUCCACAAACACGGAUAUGAGCGGUACAACGCCAUGCGUGCGGAUCCAGAGCUGUGUUUCCUGGAGAGGGUGGGGAUGCCGGACGUCACAGCGCUGUCUGCGGAACAGGGAGGAGGAGAGGGGGCCUCCGACAUGGCUGACAGUGUGUGCAAAACUGAGGAGACGAAGGAUGACACUGAGAGCAAAGCUGAUGGAGGGGAGGAUAGAGACGAGAGCAGCAAGGGAGAGGAGACCUGCUCCAGCACUGAUACCUCAGACAAGCCUGACAGUACAGGUCCAGACUCCCAGAUGUCAGGGGACUUGUGCGCCCAGGAUGGUACUCUGGUCACCACGACGACAACAGGAACAGGAACGGGUGUGGCGGCUCUACACGUGGUGCAGGCCCGGCCCCUGUGGCCCACCGGCCCAGCCUUGACGGCGCGUUUACGACGCCUCAUCACCGCAUACCAGCGGUUCACGCUGCGCCGCGAGCCGCUGCUCAGACACGACUACCUGCUUCACGACGGCCUCGUUGGCAUGGGGAUCGGAGGAACCGGAGCCUCUCACAGUCAUCAGUCUGGCGGGCCGCUGGCGUGGCAGCUGGGUGAAGAGCUGAGGAGGUGUUCUGUGGUCGCCACAGAACCCGACCCCCUGUUUCUGGAGUGGCAGAGGAGGUGGACUCGUCGAGAGCAAGCAGACUUUUACCGCACUGUUUCGUCAUUCGGGGUGGUAUACGACCCAGAGAGGAAAGCCUUCGACUGGUCCCAGUUCAGAGCUCUGGCCCGGCUGGAGAGGAAGACAGACGAGAGUCUGGAGAGAUACUUCAACUCCUUCGUCAACAUGUGCCGGACGGCCUGCAAGCUGCCUCCAAGGAAGGAAGAAGGGCUGGUGGAUCCCGCUGUGCUCGUGGAGCCCCUGACAGAGGAGAGAGCAGCCCGUACUUUGUACCGCAUCGAGCUGCUCCGCAAGAUCAGAGAGCAGGUUCUCCGUCAUCCGUUACUCUCGGCCCGCCUCCAGCUGUGCCGCCCCUCCCUUUACCUCCCGGUCUGGUGGGAGACUGGCAAACAUGACCGCGACCUCCUCAUCGGGGCAGCACGCCACGGCUUGAGUCGAACCGACUUCUACAUCCUCAAUGACCCCCAGCUGACCUUCCUGGAGGCUCACAGGAACUACGUCAGGGGACAACCCUCUCAUAUUCAUCCUCAGAGUCAUCAUCACCCUCACCAUCCCAGCUUGGCGGCUCAUCCCGGCAUCUCGUCCUCAUCUUCCUCCUCAUCUCAUCCGCAGCUGCCCCAUCCUCACUGCUGUCUGUACGAUUCGGGACUCGGCCGUCACUCCCCUCAGCCUCCUGAAUAUCCCCACCAGUCCUCUCACCACCACCAUCAUCACCACCAGCAUCAGACUGUGCCCGUAUCGGCCCCUUCUCCUUCUUCUUCCUCUUCCUCUUCCUCUCACCCUCACCUCCACCCUCCACCACUGGACGGCCACGAUUCGGCCUCACCAAGUCUGGGAAUAGUGCCUGGGUCACGGGGAGAUUUCCUCGACUGUCCUCCAUUGGAUGAAACCCUGGAGCUGAGUUCCCUGCAGCAUGACGCCAUGUCUGCAGAUGCUUUACAUGGAGGGAAGGCAUCCAAAGACGCCCUCAACGGUUUCCCAUUCAACUCGGCUGCAGGAGGUCAAAGCAUGCUCAACUCGUACGGUGUAGGGGGAACAGACCUGGAUUCAAAACUAAGGAGCGACGUGCUUGUUGGUGAGCAGGGCUCAUCAGAGGAAACCGGGCUGAUGGCGCCAUCAGUGGAGUUGGACCAGUUACAGGCUCCCUGGGACGGUACAGACCACUCCAGUCCAGCUCACCACAUGUUCAACGAAUCUGAUCCAAUCCUGGGCCCAUCCACUCUGGAGACUGGCUUUCUGGAGGAGGAGGACGAGGAGGGACAGGGGGGGGACAGAGGAGGGGAGGAAGGUGGAACUCUGGAGGAGUGUUUGGGCCUCCCACCCUCAUCCUCUCCUUCCCACCCCUCUGCAGGAGAUUCUGUGGAGCCGCUGUCCUCAAGUUACAUGCUCUUCAAGGACAUUGGCGUGAGUGAGGAACCCAGUGCAGAUCAAACAGACCUGUCAGCAAGCCCCCCACCACCCUACGUCCCCCCUCCUCCCCUCUCUCUGUCUGACAUCACUGCCCAUGAGCCACAGGAUAGGCUGGGCCACUCUGAUGUCGCUGAGAGCCUGACCAGUCCCGUGGACGAGGGAGAGGAUCGGGAAGGAGGUGCAGGGUUUGAGUUUGAGGACAAGGAGGAAGAAGAUGUGGAAGACUUGUCGAGGGAGACCAUGGAGCAGAACGUCGAAAAACGAGGAGAUCAGCGUCUGGAAAGAGAGCAGUGUGAUACAGUCCAAGGUGCAGACCAAAGUUUGGGUGUCUUGAAUCCCCACAUGGACCAGAUUGAUGGGUUAGAGCCAGAGCUGGGCCUGGGAGAACAGGACGAGAGGAUGGAGGUCUCAAACCAACUGUCUCAAGACCUUCAGGAGAGCUUUGAGCAAGCAGAAGGUAAAACGGACUUACCCCAGGAUGUUCAUCCUUAUCUUGGGAAGCUCGAGCAGUGUCCUGAGUCUAUUGAAGAACCUGGGGAGGAGGUGGACGGGUUGAUUUUGUAUCAGACAGUUGAGGAAGAGACGAUGGAAAACUCUAUUGAAUCUGGAACCUUGAUGGGGAACGCAUCUGGAGAGUUUCUGCGAGCGAGAGAAAUUGCAGAAAAUUCCAGAGAGGACGGUUCAAUGGGGCAAGCGGAUCUCUCAGAUCAAGUGAAUGAGAUCUCAGAAGGGCAGGUAGAUCACGUUUCUCUUAUGGAUGUUCCACUAGUUCAACCCUGUGAUGGAACGGCAGAAAAGGCAGCGAAACAGUCAAACGCCAAAGGAUAUGAGAUAGAGCUGGACAGCAUUUACUCAGACUGCGCACAAACCUCCUGCUCCUCUGCUUCCCUGUCAUCCCUUACAAUAGAAUCAAAGUCUGGUGAGACCACCAUAAAGAACAGUGGAAAAGCUGGAGUCAAAACUGUCUCCGUGGAUCACGAAAACUAUGAAGGUACAGUCGAAGACUGCAAAAAUAGAGCCUUGACAUUCUCCCUUGAUCAGCAGAACAAAGACAAUCUGCAUGCACAAAAUGAAAUCAAAAUUGCCCCUGCUCUGCCUGCAAACAACAUUGACACUAAACAAUCUGAUCUAAAAUUUUCUCUCGCACCAGACAGUGGUGGCGAGAAGAAACCAGCUCCAUUGGAGUUACCAAUAAAGGCAGAGGAGACAAAGACAGAGAUUGUAGAGGAACUGUUACCCAUCUACCCCGACAGCUCUGAAGUCAAACAUGCUAAAUUUCUUGCUUAUCCCGUUAAGACGGAAGACAUGGUGACCAAAGCUGAGCAGUUAGAGUAUCCUGUGAAACAAGAAACACCAGAGUCCAAGCCUGAAGAUCUAAGCCUUUCCAUGAAGCCUGAGAGCUUAGACAGUAAACCCGAAGUUCUCCAGUUUGCAGCCUACUCAGAGGGCAUCGAAAUCAAACCUGAAGCCAAACCGGUAGCUCUCGGGUUUGCUGCUUAUCCAGACGGAGCCAAGCUUAAGAGUGAGACAAAGGUAGAAGGUUUAAAGUUAACAGCUUUUCCUGAUACAUCUGCCAUCAAGCCUGAAGCCAAGCCAGAGAGUCUGGAGUUCGCAACCUACCCAGACAGCUCUGAGAUCAAACCUGAGGCCAAGCCAGAGGGCCUCGAGUUUACAGCUUUACCUGUGAUCAAAGCUGAGACGAAGCAGGAGCUGUUGGAGGCAGACAGCACAGUCCUGACCCCAAAGCUCGAACAGGCAGAUGGGCUGGUGGACGCCUCAGACAGCCUGGUGGUGAAAGGCCAAGUGAAGGAGGAAAGGCCAAGUACACCAGUGCCUGUGGUGGAAGGUUAUGCAGGCAGCCCCAGGUUUGCAACUCCUAUUUCCAUGUGUGAGAUUCCCGACAGUCUCCAUGACACCAGGGAGCCAACCAUCGCUCAGCUCUUACAGGAGAAAGCACUUUACUCAUUUUCUGAGUGGCCAAAGGACCGGGUGAUCAUCAACCGCCUGGACAGCAUCUGCCACGCCAUCCUGAAAGGGAAAUGGCCUUGGCCAAGUGAGCAGCACGACUCGCCUGGUUCCCUGGCUGCCAACUCCUGCCUGGCCAACAGCUUAGCCCAGCAUCACCACCACCGCGCGGGAUUCCUCCCCACCACAGCCUCAAGCUCCGUCCCAGGCCAGGCCAGAGUUCAGCAGGCAAACCCUGGACUGGGGUUCCCCAUCCCUCCCCCUCUUACAAGACUACCUAAGUACAUGCCGCGGGGCGGCGCAUGCGGGCGCGGAGCUUGGCGCCUCACCUCCUUGCCUCUCUUACAGGAGAGGCUCGUGGCUCCUCCCUUCCUCCCCGAGCUCAAACGAGCAGGAGGUCGGAGGUCUUUCGACUACGAAGCCGCUGCUGCUGCAGCCGCUGCCAAGGUGUUAGCUGGGAAAUCAGCAUCAUCAUGCCACACUGUUGCCACCACAAGUUCUAGUGGUGAGAAGGGGCCGGUGGUGGCCCCGCCCUCUCACCGUACGGGAGCAAUGUUGAUCAAUGGUUGGCAAGAAGCAGCCAUCGAUCUAACCAAGUCGUCUGCAGAAAUAAGCACCACUAGUGGCAUUGGGACAGGUGAAGCUGUGGUUGCACCAGGAAUCAGCCACCAGAGCGCUGGUCCUGGCAGCAGUCAUAAGCUGCCACCGCCACCCCCCAUCACAGCACCCUUACCAGGCUCUGUGGGAAUCGAUAUGGCCGGGAUACUGCAGGCCGGGCUCAUCCAUCCUGUAACAGGGCAAAUAGUUAACGGGAGCCUGAGGGGAGAUGACUCACUGAGGAGGAGGAGAGGGAGGAGGAGAAACGUGGAAGCUCUGUACUCUGAGUUCACCAAGAACCGAGGACUACACCUCCCUGAGGCUCAGGGCCGGGUGGAGGUGAUCAGCCACUCGUCUGUCUCCUCCUCCACCUCCUCGCCGUCCCCGUCUCCUUCAGAGCGACCCGCGGGUCCUCCCACACCGUCCUCCUCUUCUACUCCCACCCCGACCCAGACGCCUCCUCAGCCAGAGAUCGUGGCCAUCGACAGAGAGGCAGCCAGCAAAGGCCUGAUCGAGUGGCUGAGACAGAAUCCGGGCUACAGCAUGGAUCUACCCGGGUUCGCUCACUCCGGAGCAGGUCUGUUACAUGGUUUUGUGGAGCGCCCCAAGCAGAGGAGGCAUCGCUGUAAAGACCCGACUAAGCUGGAUAUCAACUCUUUGACGGGGGAGGAGAGGGUUCCUGUUGUGCACCGCGGCACCGGACGCAGGCUCGGUGGUGCCAUGGCCCCAGCCAUUAAGGAGCUUUCCAGGUGGCUGGAUGCCAACUCAGAGUACUAUAUAGCUCCAGACUGGGCUGAUGUGGUCAAACACUCUGGUUUCCUCCCUGAGGGGAAGUUUUGUCGGAUCCUGACGGAACCAGUCAACAGAGAUCCGGGCUCUCGGCGCCGUGGACGUCGGCCUCGCAGUGAGAUGCCUAAGCCCCUCCUGUCCGUCUCUGAUUCCUCCUCAUCUGGCCUUGGACCCCCCCUCUUCAUGAACGGCGGUUUAAUCGGCAGCAUGGACUCCAUGGUGGCCAUGCAGAACCUCCGUGGUGGUAUUCCUGGAAUUCCCAUCUCCGGGAUCAUGGCAGCUGGAUUCCCACAUGGUUUUCCUGCAGCUGUCCAGGCGGGAGGGGCCGGAACGUCGGCGGAAGACGCCAAGAAUGGGUUGAGUAUGUUACCCAUGAUGCUGCACGGCAUCCCACACCCCCAUGGGGCAGCAAUCCCACAACACGCCUUGUUCAGCGUUGGUGCAAUGAUGGCACACACACCACCGCCACCUCCUCCUCACCCCAGCUCCUCCUCCUCGUCCUCCUCCUCCUCUUCCCUGUCUGCUCCGAAGGUCACCACAACAACCGCGCCCUCUACAUCUGAGGCUGGCAGCCCCUCGUCGACGACGCCUGCUGAGAGAGAGAGCGCUGCCUCUUCGGCUACUGGUGGCGAAAAGGAGAGGAGCCGGGAGGAGAAAGGAGCAGCGGAAGCCAACAAAAGGCCAGGAGGAGUGGAGGCAGCAGCCAUCAUUACCUCCACCAGCAGGGCACAUCUUGGCUCUGCGCAUCUCGGAGCCAGCACUGGUAGCCAUCUUACCUUCAACCCCUUCCUGAUCCCGGGCAUGUCCCACGGCCUGCUGUACCCGCACAUGUUCUUGCCGCACGGUGGCAUCAUGGCGCUGCCCGCCAUGCCUCCCGGUGCAGUAGAUGGUUCCCCGGGAAGCCCAAAGAGGAGGAGGAAGAGAGGGAGAGAGGAAGGGGAGAAAGAGGAGGAGAGGGAGAAGGUGGCAAUGGGGGAGUUACAAGAGAGAGAAAGUACAGUUAAGGCUAUUGUUACCUCCCACCCGGCCUCCUCCUCAUCUCCCUCCAUUCCCUCUACCUCGGCUCCAGACCCAGGCCCGUCUCCAACUGAAGAGCCCCAGACUGGGCAGGGAGAUGGGGAGGACGGGCCUUCGGAGCCCCAGGAACCAGACUCCCAUAACCAUCCUGAGGGAGCAGCAACAGAGGAGAACGAGGAAAGAUUGGAGGAGACGGGAGGAGAUGCAACACAGGAAGAGAAGCAGGAAACUGAGGAGCAGAGACAGGUGGAAGGAGGGGAAGCGUAGAGGAGGAGACAAACUGCAGAGGACAGAGAGACAAACCACUUCCACACAUCCUGCUCUCUCCUUCUGUCUCCUUUGUUGCUCUUUUUCUCGACUGAGCAACAGUGUAAACUUUGUGCCGUGUCUGUCAGUCAAUGUCCAUGUAAAGACUUUUAUUAUGAUGAUGACUAAUAAUAACAAUGAUGAUUAUAUUCAACUUGGUCAUGUUUAUAUACCAAGACCCCACCCACCCUCUUCACUCCCUCCUUGUAUACAAAAAAAACUAGUGUAAGAAAUGAUCUUCUGUGUAUUCUUCCCCUUCAUUCUGCAUCGAGACUGAGUCGGGAGGGACACUUCUCAACAGGAACACACACACACACACACACACACACACACACACACACACACACACACACACACACACACUGCAGGCAAGAUGUGCUAACCAAGAAGCGGCUUUGGCAGUAAUAUUGAUACAGUUAUGAGCUCAAAGAUGGUCUGUUUUCACAAAAGUUUUGGAAAUGCAGCUUUGGUUUGGUGUGUUUGCACAGACACAAGGAUGACUGCAGAGUUGUGGCAUAGCUGUCAGAGGUGGUUUUCUAAAGUCGUUCUGAAUUACUCACCACAUUUUGGGAAUUCAGAGAAGCUCAAGGAGAGGAGCACUUGCGUAUCUUAUGUUCAAGGUCAAAAAAGGAGCCUGUUUGACUGAGUACUGUCUUGUUAUUUUGACUUUUGGAUGAUAUUUUUGGAUUAUCUCUGUGCAAUGUUUAGAAACCUGCAGGCUAGAUUAACCUGGAAGUGUCUUGGUGAGACUGCAGAGUCUGACCCAGCAUUCCCAGACACGUGACACUAAAACACCUUUUCCUAGUUGAUACUGAGAGAAAACACUGAUUAACAUUAACCUAAGUAUACACAAGCUUCUCUUACGAGAAAACAGACAGCAGCCCAAGUGCGUUUCAGAGUGCAGCCCUUUUGAAAGUCUCCAAAUCAUCUUGAUGUGACUCCAUUUAGUAGAUUUAAGAAAACUGCCAAAUCAGAAAAAAAAAACCCAACAAAUUUGUUUUGAUAGUUUUUUACCUGUUAAAAUCAAGAAAAUUGUGGCUGUUAUAUUGACUAGAAGGUCAAGAAAAAGUCACAAUAAAAGUGAUGUUAAUAAAUCCCAGGCAUGGAUGUUGUAUCUUAAUUUUAAGAUAUCAUUGUCUGCCAGUCCCCCAUGUUUUAGAUAAAAUCAUUCAUAUUCUUAUUUUGGCUAUAAUUGUACUAUUAUCAAUGCUAUGCCAUUGCUGCUAUAACUUCUUUUUAAGAAGAAGUUCAGAGAAAAAUAUUUGAUUUUGUUCUUCACACUAGAAGAAUCCAGAUUCCAAGAAUAGGAAAUGUUGAGUAAAACAGAUAUUCACAACAUGAAGAACUCCAUCUUUUUAUCUGCUUUCAUGGAUAAAAUGAUACAUUUCAUGAGAUUAAUGUCUUUUUAUUACUUUUUAGAUCAUGGAAAGCUUUUUUUAAAGAUUACUUUUAAGUCAGACACAAAGUCACUUUGAGAGAAUGUCCCUUAAGAGUUUAGGUCUAAUCAGAAGAAAUGGAAGUCAGAAAUUUCAAAGUUAAGAGCUCAGUGAAGCCACCAGAGGGUGGUAGGAGGCAGAUUUGAUUGUAUCCUGUCCUGCAAACACUGGGGUGGAGGGAUGGUAGGAGAAAAGAGGAGAAGAGAUGUUUUUGUUUUUUUGUUUGUUUUCUUUUUAUUUUUUUUAUUUUGCCCUGAGGUUAUUUUUAUCAGGGUCCCAAACGACAUUCACUAACAGCAAAUCAUUGUAACAAUGGCUCAUCAAUAGUGUAAAAAGACUGCCUGCAAAAUGGUUGCAAUCGUGACCUAUAGCAUCUUGCCAUUUUUUUUUUUUUCCUGGCCAUACCGUCUUCUCCUCACUUUUCUUUUCAGUGUGGGGUUCUGUGUUCAGAGAAAUAUUAUCUGUGUGUUGUCGACCAUCUGUCCAGUGAAAGGGAAUCGUCUGUUUUUUUAGGAAUGAAGAACAGAUGACACAGGAGGAGGAGGGAUACAAAGUGGUGUGAAUCACUCGGGCUGAGUGCCUCGUUGUUGCUCUUUGUCUUUUCCUCGGAUUAGUUUUAAUAGCAGUUCAUACUAAGAGUUUCUAAAUAUGUAAAUCUAUCGCUGUACAUUGCUGUUUAAUUUUUUUUUUUAAGUGCACCAUUUAUUUCUCUCACCUUUUGUUUGUUUCUCCAAUGGGAAAAAGAUACUUGACAUAUGCGAGGGGAUUUUGCAUUGAGGGUAGUCCCAGUGUUUUCUGUAUCAAACAGACUGUACUGUACAUUACAUGGAUGCAAGUCGCUGGUUUUAUUCAGUCUUUUCACAACGGGGUCUGUAUUUUGGGGGUAUAUGUCAAAUGUUUCUGUUGAUGAUGUUGGACUUCAUUUCUUUUGUUUUCACACAUGAAAACAUUAUUUUUGCACAAAGUCUUUUUGUGAAUGUUAACCUGUUUCUGUGCUGUCUUUUCUUUCCUUUAUGUGUGUGAGAGUGUGUGUGAUAAUGGGAGAGAGCGUGUGUCUGUGUGCAUGCAUGCGCACACGUUUUGUUGUGGAGCUGUGUUAGUAUUUCUGUCUCGUUUUUACAGGUCACAUUUUCUUGUUGGGAAAAAAAACAUAGUUGUUGCCUUGUCACAAGUUUGUGGCUACAUAUAAUUUAUUAUACUUUUCUUUUGCUUUGCCAAACUUUCACCAAAUAUGACAGUCUUUCUCUCUUAGUUUCAUUAUGUAUUAUUCAAAGUAAAAUGCCUUAUUUAGCUAGUAUUUUUUUUGUAUAGAUGUUCUGUUACAUCUCCAUAUAGGGACAUGUUAUAGGGUUUGUGUUCAGUUUGUCCUUUUCUUGUUUGCGUACACGGCCUUGGUUGAUGUGCAUUAUCUUCAAAAGCCAACAGUAAUGCAAAGGUACCACUGUCCAAAUCGCUGCGUUAAUUCCCAAAAGUCAAUCAGUCAUCCCUCAAAGCACAAAUGGAGAGUUAACAAAAAGUGACUGUUUUCUUACCAGUGCCUCUAAAAUUAUUUUAAAUAGUUUCUCUUCUUGUGGGCUUCUCUCGCGCACUAUGUUAACAUCGCACUUCCGUAGUGACGUCGUGAUUGGAAAAGUGAUUAACUUUUGAAAAUAUAACUCUUUGUUGGAUUUCACCAUUAGCAGACGAUGCCAUGCUGUUCAUUAAGGGAGGUUUAAAGGGCAUUUUUCUCAAGAGCUCCACUGUAGAGAUUUGGAAAACUCCCGCAAAGAUAUCAGUCCAGAGCAAAAGAGUGUUCGCCUCCUCCGGCUCUUG